CCAGGUCUCUGCUGGAGAGAGAGACAAACUUUAGUCUAUUUCACACCCCCAAUUCCCUCCCCCACCCCUUUCUCUGCAGACUGACAUUCUAAGCUCAGGUUACAGCCGGUCCCAGGGAGGGCUGCAGGCUGCCUGAGUUGAUAUUCAGGGACAUAGGAAAGGGUUGCUGAGAGCAGUUGUUGUAUCCGGUGCUGGCAGGGGUGAGGCAGGAAGUAGGGAGAAUUAAAGGCUCUUUGGCACUUCCGCACUGCAAUACAUAAUAAUUAUUGUCACAGAGGCUCAGAGAUUGUGCCGCUCCUGCAUUUGGGUGGUCAGUGUGAGAAGCUGCUGCUGUCUCCAUAGUGAGCUGGAAGCCUGGAUUGAGCAGCUGCUGCUCCCCCAGUGGGGUCUGUGUGGGGGGAACCUUCCUUAAAGCCUCCUCUAUGCCCAGGCAGGAGGGACUUUCUCCAGUGGCUGGAGCCAGCCCCUGGGGCAGCCCCGGGCUCUACCCACACUGGCUCCUGAACCGGAGACUCCAGGUGAUGGGAUGGUGAGUGAGAACAAGGAGGUGAAUCCUCAGCAGGGAGGUCUGAGCAAAUGGAAGCACAGAGAACACUAUCGGGAAGAUCUGAAGGGGAAGUUUCCUGGACUCCUGAGCAGGGGGAAGCCUGUGAAAAUCAGCACAGGCUAGAGGGGCAGCAGGAAAACUCCCCUGGGGAGAGAUUGGAUAAACCCCCUGACCAAGGGGUUGGUUUGAAGGACCUUCCUGAAGACAUGAUCCAGCCAGGAAUCUGCACUAAAGGGAAACUGUAUGAAUGUGCUGAGUGCAGGAGAAGCUUUGAUCGGAGAUCACAUCUCAUUGUGCAUCAGAAAAUCCACACAGGAGAGAGAUCCUAUAGCUGUCCUGAAUGCGGGAAAAUCUUCAGUAACAUCUCAUCCCUGAUUGUUCAUCAGAGAGUCCACACAGGAGAGAGACCCUAUAACUGCUCAGAGUGUGGGAAAUCCUUCACUCGGAGCUCCACCCUUGUUGUGCAUCAGAGAGUGCACACAGAAGAGAAACCCUAUAAAUGCCCCGACUGCGGGAAAAGCUUCAAGCGGAGCUCAACCCUUAUUUCACACCAGAAAAUCCACACAGGAGAGAGACCUUAUAACUGCCUUGAAUGUGGGAAAGGCUUCAGUGAACGCUCAAACCUAAACAAACAUCAGAGAAUCCACACAGGAGAGAAACCCUAUAAUUGCCUUGAGUGCGGGAAAAGUUUCACUCGGCACUCACACCUCAUUAGACAUCAGAGAAUGCACACUGGAAAGAUACCCUAUAGGUGCCCUGACUGUGGAAAAAACUUUAGUGACAGCUCAGCUGUUAUUAGACAUCAGAGGAUUCAUACCGGAGAGAGACCCUAUAAAUGCCUCGAGUGUGGGAAAAGCUUCAAGCAGAGCUCCGACCUUAUGAAUCAUCAGAGAAUCCACACGGGAGAAAAACCCUAUUACUGCCCUGAGUGUGGGAAGGGGUUCAGUCGGAAGGCUCACGUUAUUUCACACCAAAAACUGCACAGGCCAGAGAGAUCCUUUAACUGCCUCGAGUGUGGGAAAAACUUCACUAGGAGCUCUGACCUCAUUAGACAUCAGAAAACCCACACUGGAAAGACACCAUAUAAAUGUUCUCUCUGUCGAAAAAGCUUCAAGCAAAGGUCAGAACUUAUUUCACAUCAGAGAGCUCACACAGCAAAGAGAAACUAUAAAUGUUAUGUCUGUGGAAAAAGCUACAAGGCGAAGGUCUCUCUAAUGUCCCACCAGAAACUCCACACAGGCUAGCAAGUGGCAGGAGCUCUCACUAUGGGACAAUGGGUCUGUGCUCUCCUGAAGCAAAGUGUAAAUGUGCUUCAUUGAUAGACAGUCUGUGCAGGGGCAGCAAGUGGAUGAAGGGUUUGGGUUUCAGUGGGGGAUAGUUGGCAGGGGCAGAAAAGAACAGAACGCUGGGUACUGAGGAGCUGGGUGAUUUCAGGGUCUGGGGUGAGCAGGCGAUGGGAUUGGUAGAGAGACAUUUCUGUGGGUUACGCACAUAUUUUCUAAUUUAGAGGCGAGGUAUAAAUGCCCCAUUGCGGUUCUUGUCUGAGUUGUCUUUGUAGCUCCUAGGGCAUCUCCGCGAAGGGAUAGGGGAAUGUUAUUCAGGGAAGCAGCAAGGGGCCCUCUCGGGCUGUAGUUACAAGGAAGGAAGAGCUGCUGAUUUGAACUAACAGGAUGUCAGAGCACUGCUCAGUGUACUGGACAUCUCUGAAGUCAUGGAUGGUAGGGGCGGCUGGAGAUUGGGGAAUUAAUGGUGGAGAUUCCCCAGAGAGGUGGGAACUCUGAGGGAUGCCCUUUUGGGAGUGUGGUUUAGUGGUUAGAGGGGAGGGUGGGGGAAAUGAGAGUUAAGAUUCCUGGUUGUGAGCUAGUGCCAGUCACUUCCCCUCUUGUCUCUGUGUCCAUUUCUCCCAUCCCUACAAUGGAGAUAAUAGUUGUCCAACUCCCUGGAGAGUUGUGAUGGGCCACUAAUUAUUGUGUAUGAAAUGGUUCAGGAGAAUGCAAGUAUAGGAGAGGCCGAGUUUCACUGUUAUUAUUAUUACUGUGUACUGUAUUCACAGGAUUAUAGAAUCACAGAAAUGCAAGGUUGGAAGGAACCUUGAGAGGUCAUCUAGUCCAGUGUCCUGCACUGAGGCAGGACCCAGUAAACCUAUACUUUAGUCUUCAGAAGAGAAGAAUGAGGGGGGAUUUGAUAGCUGCUUUCAACUACCUGAAAGGGGGUUCCAAAGAGGAUGGAUCUAGACUGUUCUCAGUGGUAGCAGAUGACAGAACAAGGAGUAAUGGUCACAAGUUGCAGUGGGGGAGAUUUAGGUUGGAUAUUAGGAAAAACUUUUUCACUAGGAGGGUGGUGAAACACUGGAAUGCGUUACCUAGGGAGGUGGUGGAAUCUCCUUCUCUAGAAGUUUUUAAGGUCAGGCUUGACAAAGCCCUGGUUGGGAUGAUUUAGUCGGGGAUCGGUCCUGCUUUGAGCAGGGGGUUGGACUAGAUGACCUCCUGAGGUCCCUUCCAACCCUGAUAUUCUAUGAUUCUAUACCAUCCCUGACAGGUGUUUGUCCAACUUGUUCUUAAAAACCUCCAAUGAUGGGGAUUCCACAGCCUCCCUUGGAAGUCUAUUCCAGAGCUUAACUAUGCUAAUAGCAGUGGUCCCCAAAUUUUUCAGAGUAUUGACCUCCCUUACCCCUGUUCAUGCCCCCCUGCUCCCCCUGGGAGCCAGGUUCAGGAGUGGGGCUGCGGCUCCCGGGGGGAGGGAGGGAGCAUGGACAGGAGUAAGGGGGCCUAGUCCAGGGCCAGGUGUGGAGCCACGACUGGGCCAUGGUCAGGGGCUGAGGCUGGGGGUGGUGCAGGGCCACAGCUGGGGGUAGCACCAGAGCAGAGCUGGGAGUGAAGCAGGGCUGGGUGGCGUUCCCUCCCACCCCCAAAGGGGGCUGGCCUGGACUCCACCGCACCCCCCCAAAUGUUCCUCCGCACCCCACAGUUUCAGGACCUCUGCCUUAUUGGAAAGCAGUUGAUUUUUUUUCCUUCCUAAGUGUAAUAUUUUGCAUUUGUCUUUACUGACUUUAUUUCAGACCAAUUCUCCAAUUUGUCAAGGUCAUUUUGAAAUCUAAUCCUGUCCUCGAAAGUGCUAGAAAUCCCUCCCUUCUAGGUGUCAUUCACAAAUUUUAUAAGCAUAUUCUCCAUUCUGUUAUCCCAGUCAUUAAUGAAAAUAUUGAAUGGUACCAGAUCCUGGACUGAUCUGAGGGACCCCACUAGAUAUGUUCCUCAUAUUUGAGUAUGAACCAUUGAUAACUACUCUCUGAGUAUGGCCUUUCAAAGAGUUUUGCACCCAUCGUAUAGUGGUCUAGAUGAAAUUAUAUUUUCCUAGUUUGCUUAUGAGAAUGUCAUGUGGGACUGUGUCAUAAACCUUAUUAAAAUCAAGAUUACUCCUGGGGGAAUUCUGCGCCAAAAAAAAAAAAAAUUCUGCACACAAUAUUUUAAAAUUCUGCAUAUUUUAUUUGUCAAAAUAAUGCAUUUUUUUAAUGCAAAAAGAUCCACAAUAACAGACAGUCAGUCAUGAUUGAGAACAACAUUGCAGGAUAUUCAAAAUAAUUUGUCCCCAUCCACAUGCAAUUUUGUAGGGAAUUCUCGAGCACGAGAAGCUGGUGUAGCAGUUUUGAUGCAUGAUGUGAAGGCUGUCCAUGUCAUGCAAAAGAAUGAAUAUCCGUUUGUCAUUUGGUAACUUCAUCUGGACCUGGCUGGGUACUUUGGGAAGUGCUUGGUUCUGAUUGUCCUGACAUUUUAUUAACUGCUUGAUAAAUGUUUUAUUUGCCCUCAAAGUCUUUUUUUUUUUAAAUGGGUAUGUAAAAUAAAUCCUGAGCUAUAAUCUAACCCCAUUGUGUCACUUUGGCACAGGAAAAAAGUGAGAAAGCACAUAGAUCUUCCUAGCUGAGGAUUUCCUUACUGUCCUUUAUAAUAAGGCUCCUUUACAUCACUCUGGCAAUGUAAAGGAGCCUUAAAAUGUUCAUAGGUUUUAUGCUCCUGGGGUAAUUGACUGAGAAUGGGAACAGUUAACUAACAAUAGAAACAUUAACCACAUUACUAUGCAGGCAGGCUGCUAUAUUUCUGCCUCAGAAAAUGAGAUCAACUAUCAAUAGCACCAUUAACAAUGUUGUUUUUCCCCAUCAAGAACAGUGUUUUGUUUCAAACGUUGAAACAGUUUUGCACAGAAAGAACACUCUUCUUCUUCCACGCCUUAUCCCCUCUCAAAUAAAAACUGACUGAAUUUUGUUUCAAUCCAAUCCCUGUGAUCUUCUAUAAAAUGAGCCUCCAGGCAAUUUAAGGGAUAGCACUGGCUGAUUGCAUUUCCAAACCUGGCAAAAUAGCUGCUUGCUUCAUUGCAGUGAAGGAACAUAGGCAGGCAGGCUGCUACAUUUCUGCCUCAGGGGACAGAGCCUGCCUCCUGCCUAACAAAAAGCCCUACCCCUCCACGCCGGGCACUCUGCAGGAGAAAGGAAGAGGGACAGAGGGCUUGGCUACACUUGCAGAUGUAGAGCACUUUGGGUUAAACCAGCCUUCGUACAGCGUAGCAGGGAAAGCGCUCCAGUGUGUCCACACUGACAGCUGAAAGCGCACUGGUGGGGCCACAUCUGCAGCACUUGCAGCUACAUUGGGAGCUGUGCAUUAUGGGCAGCUAUCCCAGCGUUCAAGUGGCUGCAGUGUGUUUUUCAAAUGGGGAGGGAGUAGGGUGGAGUGUGUUGUGUGUAUGUGGGGGGAGAGAGUGGGUUUUUGGGGUGCUGAGAGUGCAUCAGCAUGCUGUCUUGUAAGUACAGACCCCUCCCCCUGCCUCUCCCUCUCCCUCUCUCAAAGCAAACAUUAGCUGUUUGUUUUUUUCUCGGAGAUGAUAAGCAGCCAGCACUCCAAAACAGAGCUUUGAAAGGGCCACUUCCGCAUUCCUGCCGGAGUUCACAACAAAGACAAGAGAAGCCACUUCAGUUAAUGGGACCUUUCCGGAGGGCAAUCAGAGAGCUGUAAAGUAACUCCUCGUUCACACUGACGCUGUAGCGUCUCACCCAAUACGCAGCAAACCUUAUCCCUCUCGGGGAGGUGGAGUACCAGCAGCGUUCUAGCCAGGGAGUCAGAGCACUCUACGUGCCUUGCCACUGUGGAUGGGGAGUGAGUUAGAGCGCUCUGGGCGGCUUUAUUGUGCUGUAACUCGCAAAUGUAGCCAAGGCCAGAGUCUCUCCCGCUUGUUUGCUCACGUGCGCCCAGCCCUGCCUCUUGACGGUAACGAACGUCCCCCCCGCAGGCAUGCAUGCCCAGCCUCCCUCCCCCGCAGUGAUUUGCAUCUCUGACAGCUACUCUAGGCAUGCUGGGACAGAUGCUCUGCCUGCACUGCCAGGGAAGAGGUGUGUGUCCCCCGCAUAUUUCUUCUGCAUUUUUCUGAGCGGGGAGCACAGAAAACUGUGAACCAAAAGAAUUCUGCACCUACACAGAUGCGCAGAAUUCCAUCAGGACAGAGGCAUGCAAACUACGGCCCGUGGGCCACUUCCGGCUCACAGGGCCCUCCUGCCCGACCCCUGAGCUCCUGGCCUGGGAGGUUAGCCCCCGGCCCCUCC